UUAUAACUGAACCAAUAUUUUUGGUCACAAUACUUCUUCAUCCAUAUCUUUGUGCUCGGUUCAUCACUUCUAUUUCCGUUUAUUUCUUUCAAAUAUGGCAAACAUCAAUGCCGGAGUGAUAUGUUUGAUGUUCCUCUCUCUCUUGCUAUUUAUUUCUAAUGCCGAAAAUUCAUUGCCAUUUUUGAAAACUAAAGUCAUCGGACCACACCUAAAGGUGUCGAAGCUCCACUUCUACGUCCAAGACAUAGCCGGCGGCGACAAUCCCACAGUUUACGAGGUUGCCCGAGCCUCGAUAACCGGGAAUUCCUCGGUGAGGUUCGGUCAAGUCAAAGUGAUGGACCACCUAAUCACGGCUGAAGCCGACCAGGCUUCAGCCGUGGUGGGGCGAGUCCAGGGGCUCAUAACUUCUGCGGAUCUCGGAGUUAUGGGCUUUGCCACCAACCUCAACUUUUAUUUCACUGUUGGGGAGUACAAUGGGAGCACCAUCAGCAUUGUCGGACGGAAUGAAAUCGGCCAGGCGACACGAGAGCUGCCCGUUGUGGGCGGGACCGGCCUCUUCCGGUUCGCCACCGGGUAUUCGAUAAGCUCCACUUAUUCCUACGAUGCGGCUACUAGUCACUCUGUGAUUGAGUACACGUUUUAUGUGAAAACGGCUGGCGCAAGGUUGAAGAAUAUUGAACAUGAGUUCAUGUGAUUGUUUUAUUGUUCUUUUAUUUGUCUUCUUGUUGUAAUAAAACGUGCUCUGUAUUACGGUAUUGUAAUGUGAAAUGCGCAUGUUCUUUGUGUUUGAUUCA